CCCCCGGUCCCGGUACCUCGCAACCUCUCUCCGCUUGCCUCAGCAUCUCUUCUCUCUCRGCUCUCCGAAAAAACAACCGACACCACCAGAAAAUGGCCUUCUCCGGAAAAUGGGAACUUGAGUCCCAGGAGGGAUAUGAUGCAUUCUGCAAGUUGGUUGGUAUUCCCGACGACAUCAUGCAGAAGGGACGCGACUUCAAGACGGUCACGGAGGUCGUCCAGAACGGGAACGACUUCACCUGGACGCAGCACUACCCUUCCAAYGCCAAGGUCACAAACAACUUUACCAUUGGCAAGGAGUGCGACAUGCAGACCAUCGGAGGAAAGAACUUCAAGGCCACCGUGAACAUGGAAGGAGGCAAGCUGACCGUGAGCUUCCCCAACUACCACCAAGUCAAUGAGGUCAGCGGGGACAAGCUCAUCGAGACCUCCACCGCUGGCACUGUGGUCCUGAAGAGAAUCAGCAAGAAGAUCUGAACACCGAUUGACUGUUAACAUUUUGUACAGCUGAAAUGGAGAGCUCAAAGCUGUCAAAACGAGCAAUAAAUUAAGAGUCAUACCAACAUGAA